AUGACUGAUACUGACAUGUUUUCGCCGCACUUGCCAGAUGCUGCGGCGGUGUUAUGCUUACAAGGGAAAUUAUGGCAGGCUCACAAGGAACACAACAAGGCCGUAGAAUGCUACGCUGCGGCCCUCAAGCUGAAUCCGUUCAUGUGGGAUGCUUUUCUGAAUCUUUGCGAAACAGGUGUUGAUAUGCGGGUCUCGAAUAUCUACAAGAUGAGUCCAGAAUUGUACAGCAUGGUAUCAUCUGCUGCAAUUGAAGAUGCGGAGUUUAUGUUACCUCCAGAUAGUGCCCUCCAGACCCAAGUCAAUACGAAUCCAAGCUUAGACCCGUUCACGGCCGGCACAACUCGCAGCGACUCGACAUCAACUCAUGGGAGCUCUGCUUUAUGGGAAAAGCUGAAUGGUAGCACUGUCAGUGUGGCAUCUUCAGGAGCAGGGCCGCACAUUAUGCGUGAAGGCAUGGAGACCCCUGGUGGCCAAAGCAGCGAAUCCGACGAUCCCCGGGUAGCCAAAGGAGGUGGUGGCACAGAUGUGUUUGAGCCGCCGUUAGCCCCCGCAAAGAAGAAUAGAACAAUACAAACAUUAGGCGGUGAUCACCCGAUGGAUCCACCGCCUAAAAUGAGGCCAACCGGCAUACGACCGAGAACACGAACUAAGCUCGAGCCUGAUGAAGGUCACACGGAAAGAGACGUUGCAUUGGGCCAUAGAGUUGGCGAUCGGAAACGAACGGUCUCUGGGCAAGUUGCGCAUCCGUCGGUAUCACAUUCAACCGAUCAAGGCGUUGGGCAACGACGAAGUGUGCGCCUUUUUAACCAAAUAAAGCCAACAACGAAUAAAAUAUCUAGCGCGGCAUUGGGAGUGAAGGAUGGACGGGAGGUCAAGAAGGUGAGGACUACCGGGACGAAGGCGCGGAUGGCGACAAGCUCGACUGUGGGCCGGGUUGUUAGCGGCAACAAUCGGCGACACAUUGGUGAGAUCCACGAUAGUGACACCAAAGAAUACCGCGGGGCAUCCGGAUCAACAUCAAACAGUUCUCAGAACGCACCAUCCAAGCUCGCCCUCUCGGAGCGAACCAAAUCAGUUGAAGCCCUGGCGUGGAUUUUAGAUUUGUUCUCCAAAAUUGCUUCUGGCUACUACUGUCUUAGCCGGUACAAGUGCCCCGAUGCUAUCCAGAUUUUCAGCUCUCUUUCCCAGGGUCAACGAGAGACGCCGUGGGUUCUUGCCCAGAUUGGACGAGCUUACUAUGAGCAAGCGAUGUAUUCAGACGCCGAGAAGUACUUCGUCCGAGUGAAAGCCAUGGCGCCCUCCAGGUUAGAAGACAUGGAGAUCUAUUCCACAGUCCUGUGGCACUUGAAAAACGAUGUCGAACUUGCCUAUCUCGCCCAUGAGCUGAUGGAGGUGGAUCGCCUAUCGCCUGAGGCUUGGGUUGCUGUUGGCAACUCGUUUUCACACCAGCGAGACCACGAUCAGGCUUUGAAGUGCUUCAAGCGCGCAACCCAAUUGGAUCCUCAAUUUGCGUAUGGGUUCACGCUACAGGGCCAUGAAUAUGUCGCCAACGAGGAAUAUGACAAGGCCUUGGAUGCUUAUCGCAAUGGCAUCAACGCCGACAGCCGUCAUUACAAUGCAUGGUACGGUCUGGGAACGGUAUACGACAAGAUGGGCAAACUUGACUUUGCCGAACAGCACUUCCGGAACGCGGCCAAAAUCAACCCAACCAAUGCAGUCUUAAUAUGCUGCAUAGGCUUGGUUUUGGAAAAGAUGAACAAUCCGAAGUCAGCGUUGGUCCAGUACAACAGGGCUUGUACCUUGGCGCCUCAUUCUGUUCUUGCUCGGUUCCGGAAAGCCCGUGCGUUGAUGAAACUGCAAGACCUCCGGUCAGCGCUCACGGAGCUGAAGGUCCUUAAAGAUAUGGCGCCGGACGAGGCGAACGUUCAUUACCUACUUGGUAAGCUGUAUAAGAUGCUCCGUGACAAGGGCAAUGCCAUCAAGCACUUUACGACUGCUCUGAACCUCGAUCCUAAGGCGGCACAAUACAUCAAAGACGCGAUGGAAGCCCUUGACGAUGAUGAAGAAGAUGAAGAAGAUAUGGCGUGA